AUGGAGUGGAGUCGACUAACUUUGUUAAAUCGAAUAUGUCAUUUCCUUUUAUUGUUUUUUUCUUCUCCUCACUGUCUUCUUAGCGCAAUGCGAGCCGUCAAGAGGAACCGACAGCCCAGUUUGCAACAACCUGAUGGUAAAACCUCUGCUGUUGCGGCACCUGGUAGAAGUGAGCCGCCUUCCAGUUGUUCCUCAGAUGUGGGUUCACCGCGGCGAAAGCUGGAACUCGAUGAUGAAGGCAGUCAAAGCUUACUUUCUAAUCCGAGUCAACCGGUAGCUUCCGGUGGUGCUGUGCGAUACGACGUGAGCGAUCGUACGACUCCGUUGCCUGCCGGUGCCCACUCAAGUCAUAUGAUUGUGUUGCCGCGCAGCCUGUUGAAUUAUCCCUUAGAGUCAGUGGGUGGAAUUCCUGUAGGAAACGGUGGCUUGGGUGGUGAGCAUACCAACAGCAUUAAUGAAGUGAGUAAUGAUGGUGGUAUGGAGUCGUUGCGGUCAUCCGGCACACUGUUUCCUGCUGCCUCAGUUGGUGUUUCACCUGGUGCGGGAAUGCAAUUAUGUGGCCCCACUUUUCGGGAAGUCGCUGUUGCCUCGGUGCGGAAGGGAUGUGAUUUUGUGCGACUUCCGCACCCGCGCCAUGGUGAGCCCGCAUUGUUUUUAUGUCCACCAGCCACUGGUGAAGGAGAAAACAGCGAUUGCAGUACUCAUGGUGCGGUGCUUUAUGAAGUCCAGGCGCAAUCUCCAGCUGAGGGAUUCGGUCAGACGUGGUUGGUGGGAGAAUUAGUGGAACCAAAUGAGAACUUACUUAUCGUAACUCCAUUUGAUUGUACAUUCCUCGCCUUGCGGCAGGUUUCGGCACACACCAUGAAAGAUAAGUUUUUGCCAGCUGAGGAUCUCAUAACGGGACCAGUACGAAGCGGCGCGUGUGAUUCAACAUGGCCCGGUUGGGGCGUGGCACUUGCACAAUGUCCUGCACUUGCACCAGCUGUGCAGGCAAUGCAAUCUCACACCGUACUUUCACGUAUUUGUGAUGUUAAAUCAGUUGGCGACGAUAGUUACUAUCGUUUUAGUACAGAGAAGAUGGGAAUCUGGCUGAAGAAUAAAGUGAAGCGCGCCAUGGCAAGCCCAGGUCUUCGCUCACUGUUAGAGCUCGAUAAAAGUGGAGCUGAAAACUCGGAUGGUGGCGCAACGGAGGUUCCCAUAUCUGUCGCUUUCGGCGUAGUUGCCGAAUACAUUCCGCAAGAUCUAUGCAGCACCGCAGCGGAAUUAUGCGGGACUGCAGAAACAUAG